CUGAAGAAGGUUGUGUAAAUGGUACAUAUCCAAAGUCAAACUAUUUAGGAACAAAAAUUAUUUAAAGUUCUCAACAUACGUGUAAAUCAAUCUGGGCAAGGACAACGCUGAUUUCAGUAAUGAUUCAACCACGAUAGAUGUUUUAAAAGAUAAUGUGGACACAGUGACCGGGAAAUAACGAUGGAAAUUAAUGAAUGCCCUAGACUCCCCUUGGAAGGUGCGUUGAAUCGUGUAGAAACACUCCUCAACACUACGUCGCGAAGCCUGUCGACAGUGGUAAGAAUAUCAUGUAGAGAAGGAUUCACCCUACAGUAUGGGAUGGAUACGACAGCGUGCAGUUUGUUUGACAAACCUGAAUGGUUCCCAAAUCCCGGCCAAUGCUAUGCCAUAAACGAUGUCCAAGCUGAAGGGACUGACCAAGUUGGUCUCAUCGGUGUGGUGAUAGGGUGCAGUAUCGCGGGAUUGAUCAUUCUGGCUGUGCUGAUAGCGCUCCUCUUAAAGACAACAGUCUGCGACGAAUCCAAACAGAAUGAUGGGAUGUCAGACGGUUUUGGAAGUGAAAUCGAGGAUCCAAUGGGAAGGUGGACUGAUCCGUUAGACCAAGUGGGAAUGCCUUCGCUGGAUUUUAAUACAGUAACAUCAUCAAAACUUGAUGGAAAACUAACUUUGAAGGAAAAGAAUCGACUGGAAAAUGAGAAAAAAUCUUCCACGAGAUCCCGUGAUUUGGAUCGACAACUAUCAGCUGAAUCGGAGCAAAGGCAUCUUUAUUGAAAGACAAGAUAUUACCCAAGAUAUCUUUCAAACUAGUAUGAUGCAUGAUGACGAUGAAAACCCUAACUAUAGCCUGUAUUUGGAGCCUGCAAUGAUAUCCAUUUAAGGACAAUUUAUAUACAAUGACUAAAAUUUCCUUUUUGUAAUGUAAACAAUGACAUA